GAUCAUAUUAAACUGAGUCCAGCUGUGUGUCCAUGAAGAGUGACCGGUCUAUGGAGCAGCCAGUGCAACUUGAGGGAGGACACACAUCAACUGAUCUGAGUGACAGAUCAAACUCACUGGAGUCCAGCUGUGUGUCCAUGAAGAGUGACCGGUCUAUGGAGCGGCCAGUACAACUUGAGGGAGGACACACAUCAACUGAUCUGAGCACUUUCAGAUUAAAUCUGCUGAAGAAGUUUCAGUGUCUGUGUGAAGGAACAGCGACACAGGGAAACCCAACACUCCUGAAUGAGAUCUACACAGAGCUCUACAUCACAGAGAGUGAAAGUGGAGAGAUCAAUAAUGAGCAUGAGGUGAGACAGAUUGAGACACAUUCCAGGAGAACAGCAACAGAGGACACACCAAUCAAAUACAAUAACAUCUUUAGACCUUUACCUAGACAAGACAAAGCCAUCAGAACUGUGCUGACAAAGGGAGUCGCUGGCAUUGGAAAAACUGUUUCUGUGCAGAAGUUCAUUGUGGACUGGGCUGAAGGAAAAGAGAAUCAGGAUGUCCAGCUCAUAUUUCCACUUCCUUUCAGAGAGCUCAACUUGAUGAAGGACAAAACACUCAGUCUUUCAGAUCUUCUUUAUAACUUUUUCCCUGAAACAAAACAAAUGGAAAUAUCCAGUGAUGAAUAUAAAGUGUUGUUCAUUUUUGAUGGUCUGGACGAGUGUCGUCUGUCUCUGGAUUUUCAGAGCGAUGUGAGGUUGUGUGAUGUAAGUGAAUCAGCCUCAGUGGACGAGCUGCUGAUCAACCUCAUUGUGGGGAAUCUGCUUCCCUCUGCUCUCAUCUGGAUCACCUCCAGACCUGCAGCAGCUGAUCUCAUUCCCUCUGAGUGUGUCCACCGAGUGACAGAGGUACGUGGCUUCAAUGAGCCACUGAAGGAGGAAUACUUCAGGAAGAGAAUCAGUGAUCAGAGUCUGGCCAAUAAAGUCAUCUCACACCUGAAGUCAUCAAGGAGCCUCUUCAUCAUGUGCCACAUCCCAGUGUUCUGCUGGAUCUCAGCCACUGUUCUGGAGAAGAUGUUGAGUCGAGCAGAGACUGGAGAGAUUCCCAAGACUCUCACUCAAAUGUACACACACUUCCUGAUCAUUCAGACCAACAUCAAACAUGAGAAGGACUAUGAGACAAAAGUCAAAGAUAAAGACAUGAUACUCAGACUAGGGAAACUGGCUUUUGAGCAGCUUGUGAAAGGCAACCUGAUCUUCUAUGAGGAAGACAUGAGAGAGUGUGGCAUUGAUGAGACAGAAGCAUCAGUGUACUCAGGGUUGUGCACUCAGAUCUUCGGUGAGGAGUCAGGCUUGAAUCAAGGGAAAGUCUUCUGCUUUGUUCAUCUGACCAUCCAAGAACAUCUAGCAGCUCUAUAUGCACACUUCUUUACCAACAACAUAAAUCUGUUUGAAAAAACAAAAGAAAGUUUAUUGUCUGAGAUUUUAAACCUGAGAAAAUAUGUUUCAUUAUCAGAGAUGCAUCGGAAAGCUGUGGAUGAGGCUUUACAGAGUAAGAAUGGACAUCUGGAUCUUUUCCUGCGUUUUCUAGUGGGUCUCUCAUUGGAGUCCAAUCAGACUCUCUUACGAGAACUACUGACACGGACAGGAAGAUGCUCUUACAACAAAGAGGAAACAGUUCAGUACAUCAAACAGAAAAUCAUGGAGAAUCGCUCUCCAGAGAGAUCCAUCAAUCUGUUCCACUGUCUGAAUGAACUGGGUGAUGAUUCACUGAUGCAGGAGAUCCAAGAUUAUUUGACAUCUAAAAAAAUAAGAGAAACCAGACUCUCCUCUUCACAGUGGUCAGCUCUGGUUUAUGUGUUGCUGACAUCAGAGCAGGAGAUGGAUGUUUUUGUUCUAAAAAAGUUUAUUGGAUCCCAAAAUACAGCAGAUGAAGUUAUUUUGAAGCUGCUGCCUGUGAUUAAAGAAUCCAGAUCAGUUCAGUUGUAUGAUUGUGGAGUCACUGAUAAAGGUUGUGUUGAUCUGACUUCAGCUCUGAGAUCAAACCCCUCACACCUGAGAGAACUGAAUCUGUCUAAGAAUAACCUUGGAGACUCAGGAGUGAAGCUGCUGUCUGAUGGACUGAAGGAUACUUACUGUAAACUGGAAACACUGCAGUAAGAUUAUAUAAAUGUGUCA